GCGCUGUAUUCAAUCUUGAUCCCACAAUCCGCGACGUGAGCAUUAUUAUCGACCUUUACAUGUACUCCGCAUAAUUCCCCACUUUGAUCACAGCUUUCCCCAGUUGGACUGAAUCCCGAUACUGCAAUUUUUCCUGGACAAAAUGCCCGAGUACGCAGUGUCAUAUAAUCCUGAGUUGGAUACCUACUCCCUUUACCAGCGAUACGAAGAACCCCGACCGAACAAAGACUGGAAAACGGCCGCCCUCCGUGGCCCAGCACUUCCAGCUCUGGGAAAUGCAGUAGCUGGUGCCGUGGGAGCGGCUAUAUCGAAUGUCGCUACAUACCCGCUGAGUCUUAUUAUUGCCCGGCUGCAAACACAGAACCAAUGCAGCCCCAAAAAGACAGCAAAAACUAAAGGAGAGAGUGAAGAAGAAAAGACGGAAGGACAGGACAAAGACACGGAGGACAGUAAUGAAGAAGACGAGAAAGAAUACACCGACAUUCUAGACGCGGCACGCAAGAUCUAUGCCAAAGAGGGGCUUGGAAGCUUGUACACCGGUCUUGCCCAGGACACGAUCAAAACCGUAGCCGACUCAUUCCUGUUCUUCCUAGCGUACGGAUUCUUCAGACAGCGGAGGAUUAACGCGCGAUAUGGCCCCUCCCGGAAAGGCGGGAAGCAUGUAGUUCUACCUAUAUUGGACGAACUAGCCGUCGGUGUUUUAGCGGGCGCGUUUGCGAAACUGUUCACAACACCGUUGGCCAAUAUCGUGGCGCGGAAGCAAACCUCGAAGUCUUCAGCCAGCACUAGGGAUAUUGCUGCUCAUAUUCGAGCCGAGAAGGGUAUCAAAGGUUUCUGGUCAGGUUAUUCGGCUUCACUUAUCCUUACGCUGAACCCGUCCAUUACAUUUUUCCUGAAUGAGUUCUUAAAGUAUAGCCUUUUCCCACGGGACAAGCGUGGAAAACCGUCCGCGGCUACUACCUUCCUGUUAGCUGCUAUCAGCAAGUCGGCUGCGUCAUCAAUCACGUAUCCGAUUUCCAUGGCUAAGACUCGAGCUCAAGUUACCAGCUCGAGCUUCACCCCUUCAACCAAUAACGGGGAGAAAGAUGACUCCGACGAUGGACUGUCAUUGAUACCGCCCAUCAUUUCCAAUGUGGUCAGUAUAGCCCGCACGGAAGGCAUCCAAGCUCUCUACGCAGGUCUACCAGGCGAAGUACUCAAAGGCUUCUUCUCCCACGGGUUCACCAUGCUCGCAAAGGACGCAGUAUACUCCAUCAUUGUACAGAGCUACUAUCUUCUCCUCGUUGCCUUGCGACGAUACCCUACACCGGAUGAAUUGAUCGAGCGAGCCCGCCAGCAAGCUGAGGAAUGGGCCGAAGCUGCCCGGGAAGGUGCCCGCGACCUCGCAGAGAAAGUCAAGGAUACGGAUACCAAUGUUCUUGAUCACAAUGCGGGCAAUGUAGCUGUCGAAAUGAGUUCUAGCGGCCCCGUUUCCCCAACACUAGGCCUGCCGGAGGGAAACGAGACGGCUGAGUUGGUGGGAGAUUAUGUGGAAGAUGAAGCGACCGAGUGGAGGAGCUUAUACCAUUGGUUCUGGGAGAAGGAGAGGUAUGGAAAAGAGUAGCUCCAUCCUGUAUCUUACUAUUUUGUGUAUGUUGAUGACGUUCAGCGAGAUUAUAGAUAUUUUGCGCAGUCGAUUCGGCGCUAAAUGCCUGCUCAUGUCAUUGUGUUGUAUUUGUUUUCUCGAUAUAUCAUUAAUAAUAGCAUGGAGUAGCAUCAUGGAGAUUAUACAGUAUAUGCGUCUACCGUGUAGGUUUUCUCUCGUAGUAUUACUGGUUUAG